AGACCCCUCCCGUGUGUCCGGAAGCCACUCCCUCUGUCAUAGGAUCUAUUAAGUGGCAAAAAAGCAAGACAGAAAAUGGCGACGGCGGGGAGCCGGACCUCGUCGUUAGGCGGAUUAUUGGACUCGAGUAACGGACCAAACGUCGAAAUCGGAUCUCAGGGAAGUUCUAGCGGCUCCGGAUCUGCUCAUAGCGUCGGGAGAGCGAGGAGAAGCGCGUUGGAGAGCAGCGAGUGGAGGCGGAAAGUGAGGAGUGUUGAUCUGGAUACAUGUGAGAGCGGGACCGCCUCGACUCCGCAGCUCCACAGUCUCAUCACAGAACCGUACAGAACCUGCGAUAAUCUAUCUGAUAGCGCUCAGGAAUGGAUGAACAACUCUUUAAAGAUCAGUGCUGACGGUCCGAGCACUGGACAUGAUACUGCUGUGGACCUGAACAUCUCACACAACAGCCGGGACAUGGAGAACAGAGAGACCCUGCGUGGGCUGCAGAAGAUGGAGGAUCGGCCUGAAGAGCGUUUGAUCCGAGAGAAGCUGAAGGCCACCUGCAUGCCCACAUGGAAAAGCGAGUGGCUGGAGAGACGCAGCAGGAGAGGACCGAUGGUAGUGAAGCCCAUUCCUCUUAGAGCAGACGGCACUGAGGUUAAAAGUGACGGUCAAAGCUCAUCGUCCUCUCAGAUCAGAGCUCAUCGAAGUCCUUCACCUGGACCUUCCUCUUUCUCAGCCUCCUCCUCAUCAUCAUCAUCAUCUACUAAGACAGCAGUAAAGCCUGAUUCUCCUGGUCUGCGCAGACGGAGGGCAUCUCCGGUACCUAGCGGAAGGGUGACGCCUCCUCGGAGAGCCCCAUCUCCUGAUGGCUUUUCUCCAUACAGUCCAGAGGAGACCAACCGCAGGGUCAACAAGGUCAUGAGAGCUCGCCUCUACCUGCUGCAGCAAAUAGGACCCAACUCAUUUUUGAUUGGUGGAGACAGUCCUGAUAACAAAUUCCGCGUGUUCAUUGGUCCCCAGACGUGCAGCUGUGGCCGAGGAACGUUCUGCAUCCACGUUCUCUUCGUCAUGCUCCGAGUCUUCCAGCUGGAGCCGUCUGAUCCUCUGCUCUGGAGAAAGACCCUCAAGAACUUUGAGGUGGAGAGUUUGUUUCAGAAGUAUCACAGUCGGCGCAGCUCACGCAUCAAAGCUCCCUCUCGUAGCACCAUCCAGAAGUUUGUAUCCCGGAUGUCAAAUUCUCACACGUCUUGUACCUCCAGCACAUCUCCAUCCAGCAACGAAAGCAGUGUGAAGGAUGAAGAGGAACAGAUGUGUCCCAUCUGUCUGUUGGACAUGCUGGAUGAAGAGAGUCUGACUGUGUGUGAAGACGGCUGUAGAAACAAACUCCACCAUCACUGCAUGUCUAUAUGGGCCGAGGAGUGCCGGAGAAAUCAUGAUCCUUUAAUCUGUCCUCUGUGUAGAGCCAAAUGGAAGUCUCAUGAUUUCUACAGUUAUGAAGCCUCAUCUACGGUGGAAAGCACAAAUCGCUCUCAGAGCCAAACAGCCUCAACUUCCUCAUCUUCAUCUGUACAUGCUGAGAGCUCAAGAGCGGGACAGGAUGGGGACUUUUCUCUUCCACAGUAUGGAGUACAGCACAUCCCUCAGACAUACACUGAACUUGCUGAACCCUGGAUCAAGGUGUUUGGUUUGGAGCUGGUGGGAUGUCUCUUCUCCCGGAACUGGAACAUUAGAGAAAUGGCUCUUAGACGGUUGUCACAUGACGUCAGUGGUGCCCUCCUGCUGGCCAAUGGGGAGCGUUCUGGGGCCGGGGCGGCUGCAGGUCCGGGUCUGGGCACAACCGCAGGAGACGUGUCAGGAGACGUAGUCGUGGAGUGUUGCUGUAGUGUACUGUCAAUGGUCUGCGCAGACCCUGUCUACAAAGUCUAUGUGGCAGCACUGAAAACCCUCAGAGCGAUGCUGGUGUACACCCCGUGUCACUCCAUGACAGAGCGAACCCGACUACAACAGCUACUGCGACCUGUGGUAGAAACCAUACUGGUCAAAUGUGCAGAUGCAAACAGUCGCACAAGUCAGUUGUCUGUAUCCACUUUACUGGAGCUGUGUAAGGGUCAGAUGGGUGAACUCGCUGUGGGCAGAGAAAUCCUUAAAGCAGGCUCUAUCGGCAUUGGUGGAGUUGAUUAUGUGCUGAACUGUAUAUUGGGCUCUAAAACAGAGGCCAGUAACUGGCAGGCACUGCUGGGUAGACUGUGUCUGAUCGACCGGCUGUUACUGGAGUUUCCUGCUGAAUUUUACCCUCACAUUGUGUCAGGUGGAGAUUGCAGCCAAACCCAAAACGUUGUGGAGAGGUACCAGAAGCUUCUGCCUCUUCUAAGUUUUGCGCUGCAGUCCAUUGAUAACUCUCACUCUAUGGUGGGUAAGCUUUCUCGCCGUGUCUUCCUGAGCGCCGCCCGUAUGGUCACUCGUGUGCCUCACAUCUUUGUUAAGCUACUGGACAUGUUGAACGUCACCAGUUCAACUCACUAUGCCCGCAUGCGUCGUCGUCUCUUGGCCAUCGCAGAGGAGAUGGACAUCUUAGAUGCCAUUCAAAUGGGACUAGAAGACCUUCAGACCAGGCACAGUUUGCAUUCGGACGUCUUCCUUGAACCCUCAGCCCCACAUAACUCCCCGUGCACUACUGAAAGAAACUCUCCCACUCACGAUCUACAGCAGCUGACUGCCAAGGUGGCGUGUCUCGGUCAAACCGAUUCAAAUCCUGUAAAUGAUGUAGCAGAGAGACUCUCAAACAUCGUCACAAGUCCUGCUGAGUUUUCAAAGCCCCCCAUUCAGGCCCGUAACAGACCCAGGAGUCAAUGUUUGAAUUCCCCCUCAUCCAGUCAACCUCCCAGCCUUCCCUCACUAGCCACCGCCAGUGCCUCCUCCUUCCCUUCAGACAGCCCCAAAGCCCUGCCACAAAAUCUUAUACCCAGCAAACUUUCCCACUCCUCGCCGGGUACCCAACGCAAGUCAUUAAUGCAGAAGGCAGUAGGCGGGGUUGGGUGUAGCGGUAAGGACUUGGAGAGGCUGCCAUCUCCUAUGUUUACCCAAGCUCGGCCUCCGCCUUCAAAUCAAAUCCACUGGCCCAAACCGUCUCGACCCUCUCCUGCUGCAAAAUCUGAGGGAGCUAAAGCUUUAAGUCCAGGGACAAGGAGACACAUGAAACUGGACCUUCAAGAGGUCAGGUCUGGAGAUAAUCCAAUCUGCAGUGGAGGAUCUGCGUUUAUCCACAGCGAGGAUGGUGUCUUCACUCCUGUGGAGGAGAAAUUCUGCAGUCUUGGCGCUUCGGCCGAGCUCAACUCCAGUAUGGAGGACCUGUUGGAAGCCUCCAUACCCGCGGCAGACAGCACGGUUACCUUCCAGUCCGAAGUGGCGGUGCUGUCACCAGAGCAAGUAAAUGCAAAUGAUGACACGUACAGCGAGGAUGUGACCCAGAACAAGAAGUGUAGGGAAAAGAUGGAAGCUGAAGAGGAGGAGGCCCUGGCUGUUGUCAUGGCAAUGUCAGAGUCACAGGACGCUCUGCCCAUUAUACCGCAGUUACAGGUGGAUAAAGGAGAGGACGUCAUCAUUAUUCAGGUGGAUACACCAGAGACUCUUCCUGGUCAUACCAAAGCAAAGCAGCCAUACAAGGAGGGUAUGGAGUGGCUGAAGGGUCAGCAGAUUGGUCUUGGGGCUUUCUCUUCAUGUUAUCAGGCCCAGGAUGUGGGCACUGGGACUCUGAUGGCUGUUAAACAGGUGACAUAUGUUAGGAACACAUCCUCGGAGCAGGAGGAGGUGGUGGAGACCCUGCGGGAGGAGAUUCGCAUGAUGGGUCUCCUCAAUCACCCAAACAUCAUCCGGAUGCUCGGAUCCACCUGCGAGAAGAACAACUAUAACCUUUUUGUGGAGUGGAUGGCAGGUGGGUCUGUAUCACAUCUGUUAAAUAAGUAUGGUGCCUUUAAAGAGGGUGUAGUCAUCAACUACACAGAGCAGCUCCUGCGAGGUCUCGCCUACCUUCAUGAAAAUCAGAUUAUCCACCGGGAUAUCAAAGGUGCUAAUCUGCUGAUUGACAGCACAGGUCAGAGGUUACGAAUAGCUGAUUUUGGGGCGGCGGCUCGUCUGGCGUCUAAAGGCACGGGUGCAGGCGAGUUUCAGGGACAGCUGCUGGGAACCAUUGCCUUCAUGGCUCCUGAGGUGUUGAGAGGACAGCAGUACGGUCGUAGCUGUGAUGUCUGGAGUGUUGGCUGUGCUAUUAUUGAGAUGUCCUGUGCUAAACCUCCAUGGAAUGCUGAGAAACACUCCAAUCACCUGGCACUCAUAUUUAAAAUCGCCAGUGCCACAACAGCACCUAGUAUCCCACCUCAUCUGUCUCCAGGCCUGAGGGACGUCACAUUGAGAUGUCUCGAGCUCCAGCCCUCCGACCGACCGCCCUCCAGAGACCUACUGAAACAUCCCGUCUUCCGCCACGCCUGGUAGAUCAUUACUGAAUCUGCCAGACUUCAUACUACUGAGGGUCAAGUCUGACCUGUGCCUCAUACUGCUGUCAUGGUUUUAUGUAUCUCUUUCUCUCACCGAUGCAACUGCACAGAUGCUGUGUCCUCAGCGUAUGAUGCAAAAAAUCAUGCUCGCAUGAAGUAG